GGAAUACGUAUGACCAUGUAAUUGGAAUAAGAAUAAUUCCAUUACUCGAGUUUCGUAAUCUCGAAACUUGGGGUUACACAAAUGGCUACGAUAUUUUUACUAACCUGCGGUCCAAUACGUUUUAUUGCCUAUUGAUACAUGACAUAACCCAAGAAUAUGGCCUCAUAUGAGACGUAAUUUCUCCCGAUAAACGGAUUGCCCAUUAUUCUGCAGGCAUUUUUUUUACAUUGAAUUACGGAACUCUAUUGUUUGUUCCAAAUUUCUCCGCAUUUGAAACGUGUCUUUUCGAAAGUUUAAUGAGCCUCAUAAAAUGAAACAGGGAAUGGCUUCCCGUAUAAAAAGGCUGCACAAGUUGUGAUAAACCAUCCGACUUAUUCCGUCAGCUUUCGCAGCAAUAACACCACCACCCCUUUUCUAUCAAACUCCUGCAAACUAAAAGCUAGCCACAAGAUGAUGAAGUGGAUUGCUUUGUUCGCUCUCUUCGGCGCUGUUGUCGCUAAACCCCAGUGGGGAGGCGGAGGCGCAGGUGCUGCUGCUGCUGCGGGUGCCGCAGGGGGCAUGGGAGGACUUGGUGGUGGUGCAGCUGCUGGUGCUGCUGCUGCUGCUGGUGGUGGGGGAUAUGGUGCCCCCGGAGGGUAUGGAGCCCCAGGAGGGUAUGGUGCCCCAGCUGCUGGAUAUGGUGCUUCUGGAUAUGGGGCUGGUGGGUAUGAUGCUGGUGCUUCACAAUACGGCGCCGUUGGUGCGUCCAAUUUGAACGCCGUUCAAGCUCAAGGUAGCCAAGGGAGUGCCCUCAACGCUGCCUCCAAUAACUACGGAGCUGCUGCCCAAGGUUCAUACGGUGCGCAGGGAUCCCGAAAUGCUGGCAGCAACUCUGCAUACGGCAACAAAUUUGGAUCCUCCAACACGUACGGCGAGUCUUUCGGAAAUGCCAACUCUUUCGAUAACUCACAAGGAUCUGCCGGUGGUCAAGGGUCUUCUGGUCAAUUCGGUAACAGUAACAGCCUUAACGCUGCCCAGGGAAGCCAAGGAAGCUACGGAGCCGUUAACGCUGGGCAAUACGGCGCUGCUGGGGGCUCAGCUGCACAUCAAGCGGGCUACGGAGCGGGAGGAUAUCAAGCCGGAGGAUACCAAGGAUAAGCGCGAUGACCUGUAUUACGACUACUACUCUGACUUUUCCGUUUCAUUUUUCCUCCUCUUCUACCUACAGCCUGAUCUUUCUACACUCUGUCAUCUGUUAUAUUAAAUUUGUCACCUAUCUAAAUACUCUCUCAUCCUAUGUAAAAAAAUACUCUACUCUUCAAUUCUGCGAACUCUAUAAAUAAAGUAUUUUCUUUUCUAAA